AUGGCUGCCCCGAAGAUUAUCAUACUCGGCAGCCUCAAUGGCCAGCUUGAGCCCGUGUUCAACAAACUAGCUACUCUCCACGCCAAGAACAACUUUUCGCUAGCAAUCCUAACUGGCGAUGUAUUCACCCCAGAUACCGAUGAUGAGACGAUUUCCGCCCUUUUGAACGGUUCUCUGGAAGUGCCUCUUCCCACCUACUUCACCAUCGGGACUCACUCGCUCCCUGAGCGCAUCGCUACGAGAGUGGAAGCAGGUGAAGAAAUCUGCCACAACCUUCACUUUCUGGGAAAGCGCAGCAUCACAAAGACCUCGGAAGGUCUUCGAAUCGUCACUCUGGGUGGUCUUCUGGAUACAAAAGUGGUUGGCGGCCAGUCGAAAGAGCAGCAUCUACCAUUCCACACCGACGACGAUGCGAAGGGAUUGAAAGGCGCAAACAAUGCCGACAUCUUGCUGACGUCAAUGUGGCCUGCCAAUGUAUGGAACGGCUCUCAAGUCGUGCUCGGGCCAACUCACCAGGCUUCCAUCCAGAGCACCCAAGCAAUUGCAGAACUAUGCGCGACCCUAAAACCACGAUACCACAUAUCCGCAUCCCCAGAGGCAUUCUUCUACGAACGAGAGCCCUUCGUGCAUCAGUCCAGCUCAGAAACAGAGCCAACCUCCGUCACAAGAUUUAUUUCCAUGGCACCCUAUGGCAACGAGGCCAAAGCAAAAGCCAUGUACGCCUUCACCCUCAACAAGUCAGACACCACCGUGCCCAAGGGCAUAACAGCCUCACCAUUCACCCCGAAAAGGAAACGACCCCUGGACGACGACGAAGGCGGCUACAGCCGCUUCGCCUCCCACGACAACAACAGACGCGGUCGCCAGAAUAAACGCCGCCGCGAGUCACCUCCCCCCGGCCCAGACAAAUGCUACUUCUGUCUUUCCAACCCCAACAUCUCAGCCCACAUGUGCUGCAGCAUCGGCGACGAAUCCUACGUCACCACCGCCAAGGGACCACUCCCUACCUCAACCACCUUUGCCAACGAAGGCCUCAACUUCCCUGGUCACUUCAUCAUCAUCCCUCUCCCACACGCACCUACCAUCCCCAGCAUGGGACCAACCUCCGACCCAACUUCCGACGCCGUCAAGGCCUACAACGAAAUGAGCCGCUUCCGCGAAUCCAUCCAAGCAAUGAUAUCGGCAAAGUCGUCCCACAAACUAGGCGUAGUAACCUGGGAAAUAUCCCGCGACCGCAACAUCCACCUACUAUGGCAGCUCAUGCCCAUACCCGCUGAAAUGAUUCACAGCGAAAUCGCAGAAGCCGCUUUCCGAGUGGAAGCCGAAAACCAAAAAUACCCGUCCUUUGUCACCAGGGAGCUGACGCUGGAAGAGCAGCCCACCUUUGGGGACUACUUUCGCGUUUGGCUGUGGGCAGAUAACGGCGAGGACAAGAUUAAGGGCAAGUCCCUCGUGAUGCCCCUCAGCGCAGACACACGCUUCGACCUCCAAUUCGGGCGGCGCGUUAUUGCGAAACUACUAGGCUUGGAAAAACGAUUCAUCUGGCAGGACUGUGAACAGACGGUGGAAGAAGAGACUGCAGAUGUAGAAGCGUUUCGGGAGGCAUUCAAGGCGUGGGAUUUUACUCUGGGGUAA